AUGUCUGUCCGACCAGGUUUGACCCAGCGAUGUUCUACAUCCCGUCACUUCUCAGUCUUGCAUCGCCGCCUCUGCUCCCAGUCAGAUUCGGCUUCAACAAUUGCCAGGUCGUUUUUAUCAAGGUUCCAAUCUCUCGGCCCGCAGACUCGCAUUCAAAUUUUAGACUCCAACCAGCUUCAGCUUCUGUCUCUAACACUCAAUCGUCCAUCGUUGUUUCCCAACUCCCCUUCGCUCUCCCAUGCCUCGGCCUCAUUGCAGCGGGGGACGCCUCUUCCCGCAGGCUACCAUCUCGUGUAUUUCACUCCCGCAUUCUUGGAGACUGAAUUAGGCGCUGAUGGUACGGACGUCUCGUAUAACCCCGAGGCACCGUUCACCCGCCGUAUGUGGGCUGGCGGAGAAGUACAAUGGCCCCGAGGGUCAGAUGGAAAGCCUAAUCCGCUGUGUGUCGGCCAAGAGGUUCAAGAGACCACACGAGUGCUAAGCGCAGAGCCAAAGGUCGUUCGCAAGACGGGAGAAGAGAUGAUUGUUGUUGGCGUGGAGAAGGAAUUCCGUAACGACAAAGGUGUAGCUGUCUUGGACAGAAGAAACUGGGUCUUUCGAAAAGCCUUUCCACCUUCGUCAACAUCAAAAGCAGCCGAUCUUCUGGAUCCGGCCCGACCAAGCGGACCAGCUACUUCAACAACCGCAGCAACAGGCAAUACUCACACACGGACGCUAAAGCAAACGGCGGUCACUCUGUUCCGAUUCUCUGCACUGACGUUUAACCCGCACAAGAUUCAUUAUUCACUUCCCUGGUCUCGCGGAGUCGAGGGCCACAAGGACAUCGUGGUCCAUGGCCCAUUGAACCUGAUCAACAUUCUGGAUCUGUGGAGAGACACAAGGGUAUCAGCUACACAGCAUUCAGAGCUUGUACUCCCGCAGAGUAUCUCCUAUCGGGCCACAAGUCCGUUGUAUGCGGAGGAAGAGUAUCAGAUUGUGCUCGAGGAUGCAGACAAUGUCAGUAAGGUGCAAAUCCUCGGGCCGGAUGGGGUGACCGUAGCCAUGAAGGCCGAGGUCAGGUUUGAAUCGGUUGCGUAG